AUGGGUGUGCAGCGAAGCGAAUACGAUCCCGACAGCAUCGUCGACAAUGUCACACGACCCAACGAUGGAGCGAACCACGUUUACGGCGGCGUCGACGCGGCCUCUGCUGCUGUGGACCAAGAUGAGGCUGUCGACAUCACUAUUGAUGAGGACGACCACCAAAAGGUUUUUGGAUCUCAGUCAUCGGUGCCUCACGAGCUGCUACAACGUGCUGAACCCCCUCUACGCUCAGGAGCACUCGCAACGAUAGCACGCACGGAAGACCUGCCUCCUUCUCCGCCUCCUUCCUACGACUCGGCUUCUCAGCCCUUGACAGAUGCCGCAUCCACCGAAUUGAAUGAAGUCGAUUCCCCCCGCACCUACCAUCUGCUGCUUCCGACCGCCUUGUACGAGUCUGGCCUCCUCUUCAACCCACAACUCAGCCAGAGCAGAGUCACUGUAGAACGCGACCCAACACCAGAAGCACCGUCCAGCCCGCCUUCGGUGGCUGCAGACUCCAUCAUCUCGUCGUCCACCGCUUCGUCAACCAGCACUGCUCCUGUCCCUACGCUCGCCGAGAUCGAAGCGUGUAAACCACAUCCAGACGCUCUCUUUGUCGCCGAAACGCUCGAGUGGAGGCUCGUCUUGGACCAAUCCAGCAUCUAUCGCGCCUCACCCUCUUCGGCCCCUCACUUCGAUGCAACCAAUCUGUACGAAGCCUGCAACUUGAGUCCAGGCUCUGUCGUCAUGUACGAGACGAAACCUGUCACGAUACCGGCCAAAGACCAACGCAGCACCGUCCACCUUCUCCAACACUGGGAUGCCGCCAAUCCGGAUGCGCCUCUCCCAGCACUCGAAGAGUUCAAUGCCCAUCGCUGCUAUUUCACCGGUAAGCACCUCCUCUCAAGCCCCCCAGAUCGCGUCGUCUCCAUCGUCGAUCGACAACUGCUCGCAGGUUUCAAAGAGAGUCGCGAAAACGAUCCAGCCGUCGGCCUCACGGGACCAGAGUCCUUCCUCCGCGCCCUCAGCGUCGUCCUUCGUGUCAUCGGCAACUACGUUCACGGCGAGCGACGAGGCGUUCCUACCACCAGCCCCUCGCUCACCCAAAAGCUGGGCUGGGAUCACUUCUCACGUCAGAUCUUCCUUGACCUGGGUUGGAAGCAGAGCACCAUGCCCGACAGCCGCAAUGCCAUCCUGCCCCCUACGUCCGAGCUCGAGUCGUUUGACGACAACAUCCACCUCCGACGCAACACUCGCGCCUGGCUCGAGCUGACCAUCUGGCAUGCCUUCCACAUCGACCAGCUCCGCAAAACUCGUCCCAGCUCGCCCAUCAUCUCGGCUCCGGACAAGUUCGCCGUCGCUACGCGCGUCCUCAUACGGCCCGCCUCUGAGUCGCUUGUUGAACUGAUCGGCUGGCGUCAGGACCACCUCGAUACCUCGUAUAGAACCGAGCUCUCGACCUCCACACUCGAAGCCUUUUACAUUUUGGGUGCGUCCAGCAACACCAGCGACCAGCUCGUCAAGUUUGCCUACCUUGUCAACAUGCAGGCCAAUCAGAAUCGACGGGCCGUGGAGCUCUUUGCAGCUCUCGACGAGGUCUAUACGUCUCAGCGCCGCACAUCGCGCAUUCUCGAAGAGCUAGUCACGUACGAACGAAGCCAGGGGCGCUACACUCCACGCGACGUCGAUAAAGCCUACGAGCGACUACAUCUCUCUGCAGCUCAUCUCGGUUCGGACGUCGAGCGUCUUAGCAUCCCGCACGAUCUAAUCGUCGACAACUACAAGGCGCGGGCGCGUGAGGUUCUGAUCAACAGCGACACCUCCGAGCAUGCUGCUGUCAAGGCUGCGCUGCGCGUCAUCACCCUGCACCUCGACCAACCCGAAAGGCUGGUGCAGGCGCUGGACGAGGACGUCGAUAUGGACAUUGACCAGGCGUGCAGCAUGCUCGACGCCAACGCCGACAUGGACGACUCGACGGUGCUGGCCAUCUUUGACCUCUACGUCACGGACGCGCCCGCCCGUCGAGAUGCUCUGCGUCAUGCCCUGCGCGCCAUCGCAGAGCACCGCAACAGCGACUACCUGCGACACUUUCUACGCACGGGCGAGAAGGAUGCCUCCGUCUCCGAGUCUUGGCAGCAAUUGCCGUCUGACAAUCUUCCCGCAGGCAUCGACAACAUUGGCAACACGUGCUAUCUCAACUCGGUGCUUCAGUACUUCUUUUCGAUCACAGAGGUCCGCAACCGCGUCCUGCAGGCGGCGGCUACACUCUCUGCAUCCAACGAUGAAGUUCAACUCGAUCUCGACAUUGAACGCAGGGUGGGAGGCCAGCGCAUCACUGCCCGCGACUGGCAGCGCAGCAGGAGAUUCGUUGCUCAGCUCGGCGGGCUCUUUCAUCAUCUCAUCCACGCCAACGCUCUGUCCGUGCGUCCUGAGAGGGAGUUGGCGUAUCUGGCGUUGGUCUCGUCGCGUGCAGAAUACUUGGAAGCCGAACUUAACCCCGCUCCUGAGCCAAGCUCAUUGCCACCACACACCGACGGUCUUGUCAGUCCUGAUGGCUCUGCUGUUCCUCCCAAUGAGCCCGCGCCUUCAGACGAUCGGAGCGAUGGCGUUGUAGGUUCCGACUCGACACCGUCAAUGGCGACAUCCGAUACGAUGGACAUUGCGCCAGACGAGCUCCCUCCGACGCAGAUCGACCCGAAGCAAGGUCCACCGUCAGAGACCUUGACAUCGGCGCCACCCUUGCCUCCUCGACCGACCCGCAGAUCCACCAUGCUCGAUUCGACGUCAACAGCUCUGCCACCACCUGCAAGACGUAAUUCGCUCAUGCAGCUCGGCGCUCAGCAGGACGUCUCGGAAUGUUUGGACAACUGCAUGUUCCAGCUCGAAAUUGCCUUGGCCGCAAGCGAGGCCGUGAGAGGCAAUCCGGAACCCUCCUCGGAACAAACGAUGGAUGUCGAUGGCAGCGAUGAAAUGAAACCGAUGACCGGCACAGCUGACCACACCCAGCACGAUGAUCUGCUCACAAGGCUGUUCCUCGGCAAGACGUGCCAACGCAUCGAAGCAGACACCAUCCCCAGCGCCAGCGCCAGCAACAGCAGCGAUCAAUCAAUUUCUCGACCGGCACAGCCGCAGAAGCAACCAAGCACACACAUCAAGCACGAAGUGUUCAAGAUUCUGCCUAUCGAUGUUCUCGAAGAAGGACGCGACAUCUACGACGGCUUUGACGGAUUCUUCGACUCGGACACGUUUGUCGCCACGUCGGGUGCCGUACAGCGCCGGUCGGUGACGUUGCUCUCCGCUCCUCCGCUGCUGCAGAUCCAAUUACAGCGCGUCCAGUAUGACCGUGUCACGAUGAGGGCGUUCAAGUCGCAGGCACACCUCGACAUGCCCGAGACGCUCUAUGUCGAUCGGUACAUGGACUUGGAUGAAGAUGAGUCCGGCAACGCAGCACGCAUCGCAAAGAGGCUCGACUACCAGGCGAAGCGCAAGAGGAUCGAGGAUCUGCGUGCAAAGCUGGCAGCAUGCAAAGAUGGGCCCAAUUUCCACCUGACGCAGACACUCAGUCAGGCGGCAAAUGCCGUGGAGGAGCUGGCUAGGUUGCCGUCUUUGGCUGAUAUGGCUACACAGCUCAAGGACAUCGAACGAGAGGGUGCUCAGCCUGAGGCUGCAGAGCCGGCACCUCUGUCUCCUAGAUCUCUGGCGAAACAGGCUGCUUCCCAAGUAGACCAGCCUGUCGUCGCAGUGGACAGCGACGUCGCUUCGCAGAUCGCAGCCGAGGACUCGACGAGCGCAUAUCCCGCAGCUCUGUCCACCCUCAUCGAUCCUGGGUUCGCGACACUGCUGCGAGACGAAUCAAAGCUUCUACGCGAGCAGGUCAAGCAAGCACAGAACGAGAUCAAUACGCUCAAGACCGAGAUGGCGUCGAUCUGGGCGGACGAGCGGCGAUACUCGUAUCGGCUGGUGGCAGCCUUUAUGCAUCGCGGAGAGGCUUCGCACGGGCAUUACUUCUUGAACCUGCGCGGCGGUGGCGCAGAUAGCAAGUGGUUCAAGUACAAUGAUUCAGCGGUGAGCGAGACGUCGUUGGAUCAGGUGUUGCGGGAUCGAUCGGGUGCUACGCCGUACCUGGUGACGUAUGUGCGGGAAGACUAUGUGCGUUUGAUCGAUCCGAUCUGCAGAUCGAUCGAGGGGCAACAAGGCAGCGUGGAGGUGCAGCAGGGGAAGGUGCAGCAGGAGGCAGUCGAGGGGCCGGACGCUGGUGAUGGAGGGGUAGGUGAAGCGAUGGAGGCGGAAGCAGUACAGAUUGCAGCGAGUGCAGGUGCGAAGGAACACCAGGCGAAUGUCCUGGAAAGUCCAAUCAAGCGGGCUCGCACAGAUGACCUUUGA